GGCCCGGCGGCAGCGACAGACCCGCCCGGGACCCGCCAUGGACAGCGGCGCCACCGCCAUGGACUUCCAGGCGGCCCCCGGCGGCGGCGGCAGCGACGAGCCCGCCGAGCCGCCCGCCAUGGACACGGAGGACGGGCCGGGAGCCCCUGGGCACCGCGCGGGGGGCGCGCGGCCGGACGGGUCCCCCCGUUCGGCCCCGCAGCCCGGCAGUGACCCCGCGCCGGAGGAGCCGCGGCCCGGCCCGGGACCCGCCGCGGCCCCGGAGCUCGCGGGAGGCGAACGGACCGGGCUGUGCCAGGGCUCGGGAAGGGCCAUGGAGGCGGAGGCGGUGCCCGCAGAGCCGCGGGGCUCUGCCCGCUGGGAGCCCAGCGCCGGGAGCGCCCCGCGGGGCACGGGGAGCCCUCGGGCCCCCGGCGGCGCCGAGCCCGCGGGCAUGGAGCUGGAUGAGACCCCCGAGACCCGCGGCCCCCCCGACACGGCCGGGUGGGCCGAGGACGCGCAGGAGGAGCCCUCAGAGAUCCAGGGGCUGCUGGCCCAGCUCGAGACCCUCGACCCCAACCUGUGUGACCGCCCGCCCGCCCCGGAGCGGGGCCCGCCGUCCCCCUCGGGUGCCGCUGCCCGGCGGUGCCCGGGCAGGUGCCGGCCCUGCCCGCUGCACGUGGCCACGGGCCGGGGCCUGGCGACGCGUCCCUGCUGCCCCCAGCACCCGGCCUGUGGCCGGCCCUGCCACGGGUUGCUUUUCGCCGAGGCCGACCGGGAGGACUUGCUGAGCCUCCUGUGCUACGAGGGGGGGCUGCCCGAGGCCGGCGCUGAGACACCCUUGGCCCGCUCCGAUGUUCUGACUGGGACUAACCUGGAGAUGCUGCAGGUCCGGGAGGAUCCAGCCACUGUGGAGAAGCCUGAAAGGCCGGGGAGGCCAGAGAGCUCAGAGGAAGAACCUUCCGGCAGCUGGUGCUAUGGAGAGGGGCUUUGCGAGGUUGAUUCCACCUCUGAAGGCACUCGGGAAGGUUCCCCAGAGUCAGCGUGGGCGGCCCUGCCUCCCGCUCCAGCCCCCGAGGCAGAGCAGCCACCACCUCCAAGCGCCGUGACCAACAGGGAACCCCCAUCAUCCUGCCCAGCCUUCAAAGAGGUUCCAGGCCCUUGUGACCCGGAGGAUCUGCUGGACGGUGUCAUUUUUGGGGCAAAGUACCUGGGCUCCACACAGCUGGUCUCGGAGAGGAACCCCCCGACCAGCGUCCGCAUGGCGCAGGCCCAGGAGGCCGUGGACAGGAUCAAGGCACCCGAGGGGGAGUCCCAGCCCAUGACAGAGGUGGAUCUGUUCGUCUCCACGCAGAGGAUCAAGGUGCUCACUGCAGACACGCAGGAGGCCAUGAUGGAUCACUCCCUGCAGACCAUCUCCUACAUCGCCGACAUCGGCUCCCUCGUGGUGCUCAUGGCGCGCCGGAAGCUGCCCCGGCGGUCGGAGGUGGCGGAGGAGAAGCGGCUCUACAAGAUGAUCUGUCAUGUCUUCCACUCGGCCGACGCCCAGGUCAUCGCCCAGGCCAUCGGGCAGGCGUUUGGUGUGGCCUACCAGCGCUUCCUGGAGGCCAACAGCAUCGACCCCAGCGAGCUGAGCCCGCGCCAGUACAGCCAUGCCCUCGAGGACCAGGAGCAGUACAACGCAGAGCUGACCCACUUCUCCCGACAGGAAAACUGCAAGGAUGUCUGCAUCCAGAAGCAGAAGGGGGAGAUCCUGGGCAUCGCCAUCGUGGAGUCAGGUUGGGGCUCCAUCCUGCCCACCGUGGUCAUCGCCAACCUGAUGCACGGGGGCCCCGCGGAGCGCUCGGGGGAGCUGAGCAUUGGGGACCGCCUCAUGUCCGUCAACGGGACCAGCCUGGUGGGGCUGCCCCUGGGCACCUGCCAGAGCAUCAUCCGGGAGCUGAAGCACCAGACUGAGGUGACACUGAACAUCGUGCACUGUCCCCCUGUCACCACGGCUGUCAUCCGACGCCCCGACUCCAAGUACCAGCUGGGCUUCUGUGUUGAGAACGGCGUGAUCUGCAGCCUGAUGCGCGGGGGCAUCGCGGAGCGGGGCGGCAUCCGCGUGGGGCACCGCAUCAUCGAGAUCAACGGGCAGAGCGUGGUGGCAACGCCCCACGAGAAGAUCAUCCAGAUCCUCACCGAGGCAGUCAGUGAGGUCCACAUCAAGACCAUGCCAGCCUCCACGUACCGCUUGCUGACAGGGCAGGAGCAGCCCGUGUUCCUCUGAGCCACUGGCCGUGCCUUGGACAGACAGGAGCAAGCCUGGAGGGGCAGGUCUGGCUCUGCUUUCUGCCCCAGCCCUGCGUCAGAGCCCUCAACAGGAGCUGAUCCUGCACCUCUUCAGUUUUACUCAGGACAGAGAGGGAGGCUCUGGGGGCUGAUACCCAGUUUGAGCAAUGUCAGGGCCUGUGGUGCCACAGUUUGGGUACCUCCCACCCUCCACUCACACCUUCCUGCCUUACAGUACCUGCACAGUGCCCACACAGUGCCUGUCCUGCUGCUGCUGGUGGGAGAAGAGGGGACCCCACAUGAAAGGUCCCCCCCAUCCAGUCAUUGCAGAUUGUGCUUUUACCCUUACCAAUGGUGCCUUUCCCCAGGUGAGGACGGUGCUGGAAGCACAGCUCAGCUCCAGAGCUCAGCUCAGCACAGCCCCAGAGCAGCGCUGACCCUGCACCACCUCUAUGUGGGUGCCCCACUGGCACUUCUGAGGGACACCCAGCAGCUCCCAGACUCAGCCUUAAGGGCAGCAGCACUCUUGGCACCUGCUCCUCCCCUCUGGCUUGGCCAGGGGCCUGCUGGGGUGCAAACAAACCCCCAUUAGACCCGUUGCACCAAGCUGGGAACCUACCUCAGCUUCUCCCUGGUGCUGCCUUGAACUGCUCUGCACGCACAGCCUGGCCCUGGGCCGCAGCCCUUGGUGCAGCAAAAGGGAACGUUGGCACUGCCCAGCCCCACAUUCCGGGACAGUUGGGGCCCCAGGGGCUGUGUCUUUUUGUGGGUGGCUCUCUGGGCCCCUGAAGCCAGGGCAGCACUGACCUGGCUGUGCCUGGAUGCUUGGCUGAUGUGAAAAUAAAAGUUGUGGGAAAUG